CUGGCAUCUCCUUUUAUUCCCCAUGAGAUCCCUUCUCAGCCUGGCUCCAACCUCCUCUGCUAAUCCCACCAGGAGGAUCAUCUGCUGUGCACACACUCCACCACACACCUGCCUGUCAACUGGGAGCAGAGUGGAACACCUGAGAGGACCAACAGCAGCAGACCUUGCACCAUGGAAUUCCUUUUCCAGGUUCUGUUCUCCCCCCUCCCGACCUCUGCCAUCAUCUCCCUGUUUGCCCUAGCAGCUGCCACCUUGUUUUACCUCAACUCAAGGCCCAGUCCCCUCCGCAGCCCCAUUGACCUCAAAAGGCAAACUCUGGGCAUCAAGGAUGGAGCAAGAAAAACUGCGUUGCUUGAGGAUAACAACAAUCUGAUGUCGUAUUGCUAUGAUGACGCCAAGACCAUUUAUGAGGUCUUUCAGAGGGGUCUGAAAGUUUCAGGUAACGGACCAUGCUUGGGUUACAGAAAAUCAGGAAGGCCUUACCAGUGGCUGAAGUACAAACAGGUGUCUGAUAGAGCGGAGCACCUGGGAUCAGGUCUUCUUCAUAAGGGUUUGAAGCCGAACACUGACACUUUUAUUGGCAUCUUUUCUCAGAAUAGACCUGAGUGGAUUAUUGGUGAACUGGCCUGUUACACCUACUCUAUGGUAGCGGUCCCCCUGUACGACACCCUGGGUCCUGAAGCUCUUGUGUUCAUUAUCGACCGAGCGGACAUCUCCACGGUGCUUUGUGACAAUCAAAUAAAAGCAGAAACACUGCUGCAGUUGCGGGAGACAGGCCAGACUCCAGUUCUGAAAACCAUCAUCAUCAUGGACCCUUUCAACUCCGAGUUGGCCGAGCAAGGAACCAAGUGCGGGGUGGACAUUGUGUUGUUGCAGGAUGUGGAGGCUAUGGGGAAAAGCAAUCUUCAAAAGCCUGUUCCACCAAAGCCAGAGGACCUCGGGAUUGUUUGCUUCACCAGUGGCACUACAGGAAACCCCAAGGGAGCGAUGUUGACCCAUGAGAACAUGGUCUCUGACGCUGCAGGUGUCAUCAAAACCUUUGAUGCAGCAAUUGUUCCAUCUCCUCAGGAUACCAGCAUUUCAUUUCUGCCUUUAGCACACAUGUUCGAGAGAGUCGUACAGACUGUGAUCUAUAGUGCUGGAGGUAAAGUGGGAUUCUUCCAGGGAGACAUCAGACUGCUGCCAGAUGACAUGAAAGCCCUGCAGCCCACCGUUUUCCCAGUCGUGCCUCGACUUCUCAACCGCGUCUAUGACAAAGUUCAGAGUGGAGCCAAAUCGCCUUUCAAGAAAUGGCUGCUGAACUUUGCCGUGGAGAGGAAGUUUGCUGAAGUGAGGAAGGGCAUCAUCAGGAACAACAGCGUGUGGGACAAGCUCAUCUUCCACAAAGUUCAGGAGUCUCUGGGGGGACGAGUGCGCGUCAUGGUGACGGGAGCAGCACCCAUAUCUCCCUCUGUGCUCAACUUCCUCAGGGCUUCUCUGGGCUGCCAGAUCUUUGAGGCGUACGGUCAGACGGAGUGCACAGCCGGCUGCACCUUCACCAUGCCAGGAGACUCCACCUCAGGUCAUGUUGGAGUGCCGCUGCCUUGUAAUGUUGUGAAGUUGGUGGAUGUUGAAGACAUGAACUACUUCGCUUCAAAUGAUGAAGGGGAGGUCUGUAUCAAGGGUAGAAAUGUGUUCAAGGGGUACCUGAAAGACCCGGAGAAGACUGCAGAGGCCUUAGAUGAAGACGGUUGGCUUCACACUGGAGACAUCGGGAAAUGGCUUCCAAGUGGAGUUCUGAAGAUUAUCGACCGGAAGAAGAAUAUCUUUAAGCUGGCUCAGGGGGAGUACAUCGCACCAGAAAAGAUUGAGAAUGUGUAUGUUCGCAGUGAACCUGUGGCCCAAGUAUUUGUGCAUGGAGACAGUCUACAGUCCUGCCUGAUCGCCAUCAUUGUCCCAGACCCCGACGUCCUGCCAGGUUUUGCGAAGAAUCUAGGGUGCCAAGGCUCCUUUGAAGAACUCUGCAAAAACACAGAAAUAAAGAGAGCCAUUCUUUCAGACCUGACAAAACUGGGCAAAGAAGCAGGACUCAAGUCCUUCGAGCAGGUGAAAGACGUGUACCUCCACCCAGAGCAGUUCACUAUCGAGAACGGUCUGUUAACUCCAACUCUCAAGGCCAAGAGGAACGAGCUCAAAUCUCUCUUCAAGCCACAGAUCGACGAACUGUACGCUAACUUCCAAUAAAUGUAUACACCACUAUCUA